AUGCCUUUCGUUCGAAAUGAAGUUACAGCGUUUUCGAAUUCCCGCUUCACCAUCCAGGUCCGCUUCCCUCCCAUAUCCCCCCCCAUCCGGGAUUCCGUACCCAGGUUUGAAAGCCCGUUCAACCCGUCCUCGAUCCCCUUCGUCUACCCGCUCCCGGCAAGGCUACAGUCAUCGUCGCCCCGACUCUCGCUGGCUGCCCGGGCGUGUUGUUGCGUGUUCCGCCGUGCCCGUGUAGAGGGCCCCCCGCGAUCUGCGGAUGCCUUGGAUGAUCUCGGUGAGGUGUUCCUGACGAUGGGGCCGUACCGGCGACGACGCUCGAUGGAGGGAGAGGACAUUGCAGAGCCCAUGGUGGCUGACGUGUGGCUGCUGGCUGGCUGGCUGGGUGGGUGGGUCGGGCUGUGCAAGUUCCACAGCGGGAGAGAUAGACAGCGAUGUGUUGAUAAAGAUGAGAAGAUGAGAAGAUGA